ACCGAAUUCACGUAAAGUGAUUCUGGUAGCCAAGAAGGUCUACGUUCCGAUGUACGCGUCUGACGACACGGCCUCAGCAGUUGCCGACCGACUUCUGCCUAUUUUUCCCGCACUGACAUCUUCUGAUGGAACUGUGAUCACGGAAGGACGCCAACAGCCAAUGGCCCGACUAUUCCUCGAUGUAUCUUCAACCUCCUCCAGUUGCAUCAUACGCCAUGUACGCCCCCGCUUCAGCUAACGUGGCUGCCGCUUACGCAGCUCCUGUUCAGGUCCCUGCUGUUGUUGCUGGCCAGGGUGUUGUACCCCAACAAUAUGUAGUUUACCCCGCUGGGUACGGAGCUGCUGGCCCGCAGUUCUACCAAUACGCCGGUGCCCCGCAGAUGUCUGAUGGGACUUGGGUGAUGGAAUACGCCGGAGCUGGAGAUGCUGUUGCUGCUGGUGCGCGAAACGACAAAGAGACGGUUGCCGAUGGAUCUGCAGUUCCGGUUCCAACUGAAGCGUAUGAAAAUGUUUGACUGCAGUGAUCGCGCACAGUUUUUACUUUUAACUUUAGAUUAUUUUAUUCGCCUUAAUGAUUGACCUUACUAUAU